GAGCGAGGUUCGGGGCGUGGGGGAUAUCCGCGGCCCCAGCUAUUUACCCCGCUCUCAUGGGUCUGUCCGGCAGUGCCCCAGUAACUCGGGGGGCUGGCCGGUGUCGGGCUGCCGCGGGUACAGGAGGGUGUGGGGGAGGGGGCUCACGGGCAUUCGGCGCCUCUGCCGUGUAAAAGCGGGAGCAGCGACGUGUCCGCCUCCACGCGGCCCCCUGCGGGGUGACAGCCCCGCCCCCAACUUCUGCCACGAUCUAGGUGAUAUCAAAACAACCUCCUCAGCGCCCGGGCCACGUGCGCACCCCAACACACUCUUUGGAGAGGUGCUGGGUGCAGGGCUAAAAGCGGAGCCCUGUGAUUUACUGCUGCUGCCCACUGGCGUCUACCAGCAGCAGUAAUCACCGAUGUGCAGGACGCUGAAUGGUCCGGCGUGAUCUCCUGAUUUGAUUGUUGCCAAGGUGCAUAAUGGAGCCCUUAACCCUUUCAGAGCCACAGCCUUCCCCACAAAACAGCUUGCCCACACCACAAAAGUACCACCAUGUCCUGGUGGGUGUUACUGGAAGUGUGGCUGCCCUGAAGUUGCCUAUUCUUGUCUCGGAAUUGCUGGAGAUUCCUGGGCUGAAAGUGCGUGUGGUAACAACCGAGAGGGCAAAACAUUUCUACAACCCCCAGGAGAUUCCUGUAACCCUCUACAGUGAUACUGAGGAAUGGCAGCUGUGGAAAGGGCGUACAGACCCAGUCCUCCACAUCGACCUGAGGCGCUGGGCCGACCUGAUGCUAGUGGCUCCUCUUGAUGCAAAUACACUGGCAAAAAUAGCAAAUGGCAUCUGUGACAACUUACUGACUUGUGUCAUCCGCGCAUGGGAUAUGACCAAACCCCUGCUGUUCUGCCCUGCUAUGAACACAGCCAUGUGGGAGCAUCCUAUUACAGCUCAGCAGGUGGAGCAACUAAAGGACUUUGGCUACACAGAGAUCCCUUGUGUGGUGAAGAAGCUGGUGUGUGGGGAUGAAGGUCGAGGUGCCAUGGCAGAAGUAUGGACCAUUGUGGAGAAGGUGAAGGCGAUCCUUUCAGAGCGGGACUUGCUGACACAGAGCUGAUUCCUUGAUGAGAAAAAAAUACAUUGAAAGAGAGCACCCAAGGCCUUGUAUUGACCUUUGCCCUUUUGUAUCCAUUGAUGUGUGGAGACGCAGACGUCAAACAUAAACCAAAAUGAACUUUUGGCUCUGCCCGACGGUGUGCUGCAGGUCUUAGAAUCAACACGUUUGGCCACUCUGGAAAGCCUAGAGAAGCUGUUCCCAAGAGACUUUAACACUCCUUUUCAAAUUGAAAAUUAACUGCAUGAUGUGAGGAAGUUGGGAAAUCCUGACCAUGGACACCAACCGUUAGACCUGUGAGGGCCCCACAGUUCAUCCUCCUCCUUUGAAAUGCGAUCCUUCUACCUGAAGAGGACCGGAGUGGACUGGGGAGGGUGCUGCAGUCAGCAGACCACAGGGUUUGUCCACAGAUACUAGAGUUUAUUUUUAACUAGUCACAAUCAAAUAUAAGGCUUUCUGUACAUAACCUACAUAUUAGGCAACCUUUGAGCUCCUUAGCACGAAAGGUUAUCAUGGAGUGUUUAGUUUCCUUAUCGAUGCUACACAAAUAAAAAGGCUUCUGAACUUUC